GUAAACACAAAAAUAUGUAUUAAAAAUGAAGCUUCCCUUUAUUUUUAGGACUUUGUUUAAAUGUGGUAUAGCACUAUUGCUGUCAUCAAUAAGUAAUGUUUCGUGUGAUAUAUUUGAUUAUAGUAAUUACAUUGAUAUAAACGAUGAGUACAUACCUUCUUAUGUAGAUGUAGCGUAUGGAACAAUCCCUAAUGGCGGGGUUUAUAGAUUUCUUCAUACUACUACUGAUUACGUGAUUCGCGUUAAAGCUGGGAAACUAAAUUUGACUACAAUUAUGCUAAUAAACAAUAUUCCCGCUGAUAUAUUUGUGGAGGAGUUUAUCAGGGAUGACAAAGAAGUCGUAACUAUAACAUCAUAUGGUAAAUCGAUUCUUUAUAACAUGGAACGACUUUUCGUCGAGUUAUCAUCUAACGAGUGUAAAUAUAUAACACAAGAAGAGCGAGAUGACUUUGUAGGAGGACCUGUGAUGUUACGCACGGACUUACUUGAAAAGUACAUGCAUCCUGUUAUAGAUUCUACAAUUACGUCACGUGAUGGGCGGUUGACUAUAUUAUAUUCCGUUGGCAACAAGGGGUACGAUAAAAAAGAAUCCUCUUUUAGUUUUUUGUGGUACAACCAAUUAGAUUUCAUUAUAUCUCCACUCCUAAAUAUUGAUGGUGUAAGCCGGAUGGCCAUGGGUAAAGCUGUUAUGCUAACAUCACGUAUUACAUCGUUCCUCCCUCAGGUGAGGCAGAACGGUAUUAUAUUUACUAUAGACAAAACCGGUGAUCGUGAAUACUUUUUGAAAAUGGUACCAAGUGAUUGUGGUGCUGCAGCAAGUAGGAAUAUGAUAAGCGAAUCUGUUAAAAUAGGCCAAAUAUUACCGAUACCUGCAAUGGAUCGCCCUGACACUGUGAUAAUGGAUAUAUCCAUGGAAACAGAACCAUCGUUCGAUGUGGUAGUACUAGAUAACGUGAAAAAAGGCAACCUGUUGCUUUAUGGUCAACAGUCAUUCCUGCCGAUACGCGAGGUACAAAAUCUAUACGUCAAAAUUCGCGAUGUUAGUAACGAUGCUGAUAUAUACAGUGUAAAGGACGAUGAGUUUAUUGCCUACGUUGAAAAAUUCUAUAGUUCCGGUACAAUUAUGUACGUUACUGUAAACACAAAGAAGUUAGAGUCACCCGAUGGUGCAGAAACUCGUAUUAUAUUUAAGAACGAAAACGUGGAUGGCAUUGUCCACUAUAGGGAGAUAGGUGACGAUGAGUUCGAGAGUUACAACAGCUUGGUCUACGAUAUAUAUAGAAUAUGGCCUGUACAGCAUGAAAUUCCUACCCAUUUACGAGGAUUAGAUAUGUCAGAAAUAUCUCCACUAAUCACAGUAGCAUACGAAACAGGGUUCGGGGUGUAAUGUAUUGGAAUGCAUGUUCUAACAUAGUAUUCCCUACAGAUCACA